AUGGCCCCAUCUCUUACAACCUAUUUUCAAGCCGAUGCCCAUACUUCCGGAGCAAAGCAAGCCGGUGUUGAAGUCCAGCUACAGAACAUUCCUUUGCCACCUGUCUUCUCAAACAAAUACGAGGAGCGCGAGUACCUCGAGGGUCGCUUGACUCUAGCGUUCAGAGUCUUCGGAAAAUUCGGCUUUAACGAAGGUGUUGCCGGCCACAUCACUCUUCGUGAUCCCAUCAUGACUGAUCACUUCUGGGUGAAUCCCCUAGGCACCUCUUUCAGCCUUAUGAGGAAGUCGGACUUGAUCCUGGUUAAUAAGGAUGGAGAAGUUGUCGACGGUGGCUCUAACAGACUUCUCAACAAGGCCGCGUACAUGAUUCAUCAUGCUAUUCAUGUAGCAAGGCCAGACGUCAACUGCGCUGCUCACUCACACAGCCUCUACGGUCAGACAUUCUGCACGCUUGGACACCCGAUAGAUAUGUUGACGCAAGACUCGUGCGUCUUCUACAAAGACCUUGCGGUAUACCGCCAGUUCAAAAGCGCCGUACUCGCCAAGGAGGAAGAGGAGAACAUUGCCGCCGCUCUAGGUGGCAAAAACGCAUGUCUUUUACAAAAUCACGGCUUGCUCACUGUAGUCCAGACAGUGGAGUCGGCCAUCUUCUAA